AUGCAGCUUAAUGGAGAAUAUGUAAUUGAAACAUUUGACAUCACUUCGUUGUACACAAAUGUCUCCACUGAAGAUGCUGUGAAAGCCGUGUAUGAGUUAGUCUCAGAACAUCGAUCCGCUUUCAACCUGAACGGGUUCAUCGUUGGACAAAUCAUGACUUUCUUGAAAGAAUGCCUGAACUGCGGCAUAUUCCGCUGGUCGGGGAGGUAUUACAAGCAAGUAUGUGGCGCAGCGAUGGGACGAAUAUUGGCUCCCGUCAUCGCAAUUGUCUUUAUAUCAAAGAUCGAAAGACCCAUUGCUUGUAAGACGUACUCUUAA